AUGUUAUCUACAGAGGGUCGAGAAGGACGAACAGCAACAUUUUGUGGUACACCUGAGUAUCUCGCACCAGAAGUGUUACGGCGUGAACCAUAUACAAAAGCUGUUGAUUGGUGGUGUUUGGGUAGUGUGACAUACGAAAUGUUAUGUGCCAGACCACCAUUUUACAGUCGUGACGUAAAUGAAAUGUACGAUAAUAUAUUAAACCGUUCGCUUCGUUUCAUUGGCAAUGUAUCAGAACGAGCACGUAAUUUAAUUGAACAGUUACUUCGAAAAAAUCCAGCUGAAAGACUUGGUUCAGGUCCCGAUGAUGUUGCUGAUAUAAAACGUCAACCAUUUUUUGAUCAAAUUGAUUGGGAAAAAUUAGAAUCAAGAAAAAUACAACCACCAUGGAAACCAGCUGUGUCUGGUCCGUCGGACGUUAAUCAGGUGGAUAGUGUUUUUACUCAAGAAAUUGUUUCACCAUCAGUCCAAGAACAGUAUCUCGGAAGUGUAACAAAUAAAGACCCAAUGUUUAACGGUUUCACUUAUCAACCGGAUACACAUAUGACUUCUUGA